GAAUUGGUAUCAACGAAGUUACUUCAAGCUGGGUUACAGAGGAAAGACAACAUGAAAACCCAAAUAAAGUUCAAAACACAAUUCAAAAUAAAUAAAAAUGCAGAGAACGAUAUGUAAAGGUAGAGUGACACUUACAUCAGGGUCCCAUUCCACUGUUAGUAUGUCGUGGAUGCUCGGCGCUGGGUAUACAGGGAGGUGAGGCUCGCCUAGAUCCAUGAUUGAAAGUUCAUCAUACGGUAUUGGGAUCGUUGCCUGCAGUUUUGGAACCGCCUGGUACGCAAGCAAUUGAAGUGCAAGAGGGAAUCCUCUGAGCCUAAGUGUUUCCUGCCUGAGGAACUGAACAAGAGUAUCAAUUGGAUCUUUGCAUUUCACAGGGUCAAACGGUGGAGGUUUCAUGCAACUGAUCGUCUUCAAAAAAGACUCUCUACCCCAAGGGUGAGAGCAGAAUGUGUCAACAUCCUUAACCAUCCUAACAUACUUCAGAGUGGGUCGUGGAGUUUGUUGAUGGGCAAUGAGGACUCCAUCAACUAUUAUUAUCAAAGCCAGGCGAAGCUUCUUCCAUCCGUGCAUGUCGCUGUCGGACUCAAGCUUGCGGCGCACAUCAGCAAUGGUGAUGAAUUUCUUUUUCCCAAAUAAUUCUAUCCAGUAGCUAUCUUUGUGGGCUUGCGACUGGUCUUCUAUCGCAGUAGUGUAGCCAACAGGGAAAGCUCCACAAGGCAGGCCGGUGAUUGUGCCGAACUCUUGAAGGCCGAACUUGAUUGGGUUGCCUCCGAAAACAGACCAGAGUGUGAGCUUGUCUUCAGUAGUCAGUUGUCUCGUCAACAUCGAGUGUAUCAGUUUACAUGAAACCGGACACUGCCGUGCAGGGAGGUCGAAUAACUGCCCAAACGAGGAGUUCUUAAUGUACUUGAACUCGUCGCUGUCCCCUAGAACAUGUCUGAUGAAAGCUAGCAGAUCUGGCUUCGAGUAAAUGUUGAGACGACCAAUGGGGAACCGAUCUGUGGCGAAGAGCCUCGGCGGGAGAAGGUGGUCCGGUUGGUUGUCACCUGAGACGACAGAGAUAAAAAGAGUUGUAAACCCAGACAAAACCAAAACCCUACCACUAAUUUGAAACAUUUGAAAGUUAAAAUAAUAACCUUGCAUGUCUUGAGGAGACGGUGGAUCUCUGACGGCGGCUGGAAUCGACAUGAAGCGGAGGAAAUGAACCGGGGUAACGGAGGAGAAACGGCGGAGAGACGGCGGAGUAACGGAGGAGGAACGGCGGAGUAAUGGAGGAGAAACGGCGGAGUAGCGGAGGUCGUAGUAACAGUGGGGGAAAAGAGGUUAGAAACGUCGGAGUAACAGAGGAUGGACAACGGAGAAGCGAGGAGAAGAGGAGAUUAAGUACGACGGAGAUUAAGCACAGAGGAGAAGAAGAGUCGCGGAAGAGAUUAGAACCGGCGGAGAGAAGAGGAGAAGGAGGCUAGGGUACUACCGAACCGUCGACGAACAGUGGCUCUCAAACGGUAUAGCGGAGAAGUUCAACAUCGGUAGUGGAGGAGGAGGGGUUUCCGGAGACGACGGUGGAAGGAGUCUAGGGUUCUAACGCGUCGCCGAAAAAGGAGAGAGAUUAUGGUUUUGGAAAAAAAGUUUCGACUUUUUUUAGAUCCAAAAAAGGGGUGUGGGAUUCAAAAUUCAAAUAAAAGAUAUGGUUUGGGAUAUUCGGUUUGGUUAAGUGAGUCUUGGUUUGGUUAAACGUCGGUCAGGUUUGUGUGAAGUAAGGGUAUAUGAGACAUUGACUAAAGAGAAAGAAUGCCACAUGUAAAAAGUGUUUUGGGCUGUAAAUCCAAACACAGAAAGUGUCUUAAAAAGUAAUAAAUUCAAAAAUAAGUCCUCGGCAGAUAUAUUUCGGUACAGCAGCGUGGAAUGCAAUCGUAUUGGCUCAAUUCACCACGGUAAGCAUACUUUUCACGAAUACUCGGACGAUUACGCGGCUAGACGGCCGCGUUUUCGAACAUGGGAUAAUAUACAAAAGUUAUAUUAAUUAUAUUUCUUGUAUAGUCCCUUCAAAUACAUUAAUUUAAUGCACUAGUUGGUUCUAAUCCCAUCAAAUCACAUAGCUUGAAGCAUUUUUCAACUUCAAUCUAAUAAGAUGAAAAGUCAAAACCAUCGACAUUGCUUUCGUAUUAUUAUAUCCUAAUAUAAAACGUGCCGAAAAUAAUAUAAUACUAACUAUUUUAUGCUUUUUCAGCACUUUAUAUAACCACUUGAACUAAAAGCAGUAAUAGAGAAAAAAAGAAAUAACAGAUGGAAGAUAACUAUAGCGGAAUUGUUCUCUAUUCCAUAUUCCCCCUCAUAUUAUUAAUUAUAUUUCUCAAGUUCUUGAAACCAAACAAGCAGAAUCUUCCCCCAUCUCCUCCGGGAUGGUUGCCAGUGAUAGGCCACCUCCGCCUCCUGAAACCGCCCAUCCACCGCACCCUCCGCUCCCUCAGUGAAUCCCUCCACGGCAGCGGAGGCGGCGUGAUGUCACUCCGACUUGGAUCCCGCCUAGUAUACGUGGUGUCUUCACAUAGGAUCGCGGCGGAGGAGUGCUUCGGGAAGAACGACGUUGUUCUAGCUAACCGGCCUCAGGUGAUCAUCGGAAAACACGUUGGGUACAACAACACAAACAUAAUCGCCGCACCUUACGGUGAUCACUGGCGCAACCUCCGUCGCCUCUGCACCAUCGAGAUCUUCUCCACCCACCGUCUUAACUGCUUCCUUUCUGUCCGUACAGACGAAGUACGCCGUCUCAUAAGCCGCCUCUUCCGUAGCGCAGAAACUGAAAAAACGGUCGUGGAAAUGAAACCAAUGCUAAUGGACUUGACGUUCAACAACAUAAUGAGAAUGAUGACAGGAAAACGAUACUACGGCGAAGAAACAACGGAUGAAGAAGAAGCAAAACGUGUUCGUAAGCUAGUGGCAGAUGUCGGAGCCAACACUAGCUCGGGCAAUGCCGUUGACUAUGUUCCGAUCUUGAGAUUGUUCUCAAGCUAUGAAAAAAGAGUAAAAGAAUUAGGAAAAAAGACGGAUAAGUUUUUACAAGGUCUUAUUGACGAUAAACGUGUACAACAAGAAGCCGGUAAUACGAUGAUCGAUCAUUUGCUUGUUCUCCAAAAGUCUGACACUGAGUAUUACACGGAUCAAAUCAUCAAAGGCAUCAUACUGGUUAUGGUAAUAGCAGGGACUAACACAUCAGCUGUCACUCUAGAAUGGGCACUUUCCAAUUUGCUUAACCACCCUGACGUAAUAAUUAAAGCUAGAGCCGAAAUCGAUAAACAAGUUGGUUUAGACCGGCUUAUCGAAGAAUCAGAUCUCAGCGAGCUACCAUAUCUUAAAAACAUCGUCCUCGAAACACUCCGGCUACACCCAGCAACACCAUUGUUGGUUCCACACAUGGCAUCAGAAGAUUGCAAGGUGGGAGCCUAUGAUAUGCCAAGUAACACAACGUUGUUGGUGAAUGCGUGGGCCAUACAUAGGGAUCCAAACUUGUGGUAUGAUCCGGACUGCUUUAAACCAGAGCGGUUUGAGAAAGAAGAGGAAGCACAAAAGCUUAUGGCGUUUGGAUUAGGGAGAAGGGCAUGUCCUGGAUCCGGUUUGGCUCAGCGAAUUGUAGGGCUUGCUCUCGGGUCCUUGAUACAAUGCUUUGAAUGGGAGAGAGUUAGAGAAGAGGAUGUGGAUAUGAAGGAAGGAACUGGUAAUACAGUACCCAAAGCAGUUCCGCUGCAAGCCGUUUGCAAGGCUCGUACAUUUCUACAUAAGAUUCUCUCUUAAAGUUUUUAAGUUCAAAUAUGUGUGACAAAUUGAAAGAUUGUAGAUUUCUCCUUGAAUUUUCGGUUGUAUUUACUUUCAUAUAUAUGAAACAAGUUUGUAACA